GCUGACUUCCACGCGCUCGCGUUCGUUACCAUAGCAACGCGUGGCGAUCAGCUGACGACGGUCCGAACAUUUGACAGUCGGCACCGAGCUGCGACAACCUUCACGCGGCUGGCAGUGCGAGCCUGGCGGUUGAUCGCGCGCGGUUCAACCUCCCUCGCCUACGCCUCUGUGUGUGUGUCGAUACGCGAGCGAGCAGCUGGUAAACAAACGAACGGAGAAACAGACGAACAUUGCUCGCGCGGCUUAACAGAAACAACAGCCUAACGCAUAACGGCCGACGACGAGUUGCGGACGGAAGGAGGAUCGCCAUCCUCGAUCUUUCGCCUAUCGCGCUCUUCUCCUCGACGACGAACCUUCGACCUUUAAAUAGCGCGUGUUUUGUUGUUUUGUGCCCAGCAGUUUUGUGUGUCGUUUACUCGCGCUGGACACGUACAGUACCCGUGCCGUGUUGUUAUUGUUGUUGUUGUUAUUGUUUUUGUUAUUAUCAUUAUUAUUACUACUGAAACGUGUAUGUAUAUGCGGGAAAAGAAGUGAGCAUCGUGCGGCUGUUUGGCGGUUUGUUUGAACGAGUUCCGGCGGUCGAAGGGCGAAUUUGGUGAAUAAGCGGGUUCGUUUCCGUCACGGCGUCGAGAAGGAGGAUGGGGCCGAAAUUCCCAGUGAAUUUAACGCACGGAUGAUACUGAGGACGAUGGUUAUGAUAACGACGACGACGUUGAUGACGACGACGAUUAUUGCGGCGGUUAGUAUCGAUCGAGGAGUGACAGGAAUCGAUGGAAAACGUGAAUUGGUCGGCCAGCGGAGUUGAGUUGACCCCCGAUCGUCUGGUUCGAAUGAAACGCAACGUCAACACGAUGUCGUCGCAUAUUAUUGCCGUUUAUAAUCGAUCCCCGUUGUUCUCAAGAAUGAUAACAAAAACAAUCGACGAUGGUCGCCAGGUUGUUUUGGUGUGAUGAGAAUGAACUGAAUGACGGAAAAGUUUACUUAAAAAGCAAAAAAUAAAGAAGGUAAAACACAAUGCACGAAAAUAGAAACGGACUUAUAGCCGAGUUGUUAACGUUAACGUUAACGUUCUGACGAUAGCCGGUGUGACAGCUGCGUAAGCUGUGGUUAAUCAUACAUAAAUGCACGUGUAACGCAUUAUCAUACUUUCAGAGAGAGAGAGAGAGAGAGAGAGAGAGAGAGAGACGCAGCCUCGUUGGGAAAACAAUAUUUCAAACUUAUCCAUAUUGUCUAUGUAACUAACCUACACGCACAACGUCCACCCCCACAAACAGACCAAACGCACGGAUGCACACAGACAGAAAUACUCGCGGUUAUACGCUGCGUUAGGCUUGCAUAGUGGUUAUUAUUUUUCUUUCUGCGACGUAUGCAGACACCUCCUUGAUCCAUCUAAUAAGAAAGAAGUGCAGUGUUGAGUGAGACAGCUACGUGGCAUAUUUGUGUAAACGAAGUAAAUUUGAAUAAGAUAAGCACAAACAUAGAAAUAAUAUAAAUAAUAACAACAACAACAACAACAAUAAGAACAACAACCGCCAGAUGAAGAAGAAUUGACGCAGCUGGUGGGAAAUCGUCGCCGAUCCUUGGAUUAAAAAUAUCGCAACGCAAACUUGUCUGAACGCACAAUCUUCGCCGUUGACCACCUCAUCCGAAGCCAGAAGUCGAUGAUAGAGUGACAAGGAGUUCCCUGAACGGGCCAGUAUUUAUGCCAGUACUCAACCAGAGGCCAGUGUAGGUGGCCGGUCUAUGUCCCAUGCCGGCCGACUGCAAUUUAACUGUAGUUAGCUAAUUUCAUAGGUUAGAAUUUUACGCACAUACGUAACAACAGCAACAGUAACAACAAGAAUAAGAACAAGAACAACAAUAGCGACGAGUCAAGUGUUGCGAUUAAAUUCGCGUUGUACCUAUACAUUCAAGAUCGUCCAACGCGCGAGUGAUAUGUUGCUGUAAAUCUAGGAUCGAUAUCGUGAGUUUUCAGACUGAAUCGACGGGAGUGAUUCAAUAUAGUGAUUAAUCAUUCGAUUUUGCUUCAUCGUCUUUUUGUGACGUGGAUUUGAGAGAUAAAUAAUAUAAAUAUACAUACCGGAUAUACAAUACAUAUAUAUAUAUAUAUAUAUACCUUCGGACAUAACAACGUUUGUGAAGAGCAUCAGCUGAUAAGCGAAACGGGAGAGGAGGAAGUACGUCCAGUGGUGGCCGGAAACGCGGACUUAAACCGAGAACGCCAACCUGCAAUCAAGGUUCAUGGUUUUCAUGGAGGAGAGCGAGCUCUCGAGCAAGCGGUGGGCCAGUGCGCCCCGCCGUCCGGACAGCCCCUACAUCCUGGGGGCCCCCACGUCUAGGGAGGCGGCGGGUCCCCCUGUGCAGCUGGAACCCGUGGACUUAUCGGUUAAAACGCCUGUGGUGCUGCAGGUGCCGAGGUACAGUCCGGCAGUGGUAAUCGCCGCAGCUCGCAGAAUCCCAACGCCAUCGACGACACCCGCAACGCCCGCGACGCCCUCGACGCCCUCAACGCCUACUCUGCCUCUUUCCACAUCCACCGGUAAGCGGCCGUUUCAACCGAGUUCUUCGCCUAGGCUACUUACUAUCGUACCACCACCGCUACCGCUGCGAGAUGUCGCGAGAGACAGGGAACGAGAGAGAGCAACCGAGAGGGAACGGGACCGGGAGAGAGAGCGGGAACGGGAGCGCGAACGGGAGAGGGAGAGGGAGAGGGAAAAAGAACGACGAACGAGGGAAAGAGAGAGACAACAAGAACGGGAACGAGAAAUUGAGCGAGAGAGGGAACGGGAGAAGGAACGGGAAAAGGAACGGGAGCGGGAGCGGGAAAGACAACGGGACAGAGAAAGGGAGAGGGAGAGGGAUCGGGAGAGAGAGCGGGAGAGGGAGAGAGAUCGGGUGAGAGAGGUGACGGCGUGCGUAGCUGAACCCCCGGACGCUGUGCUAGUUUCUUCAUCGGCAGCCCUCCUCGCCCUCCAGAGGAUAAAAGAAGCCUCUCUAGUAUUUCACAAGCGACCUGCGCCUGUGGCUGGACUAGGGACGGGAGGACGAGGUAACGGCGGUGUCGGUGGCAUCGGUGUGGUUGGAGGCAACGGAGGCGGACUGGGAGUUGACAGCGAGUGUGGAGAUGCCCUGAAAAGACGCAAGGUCCACCGAUGCGACGUGGCAGGCUGUGACAAGGUUUAUACGAAGAGUUCGCACCUGAAAGCUCACAAGAGAACGCACACAGGGGAAAAGCCGUAUCAGUGCACGUGGGUGGGAUGCACGUGGAAGUUUGCGAGAUCGGACGAAUUGACGCGGCAUUACCGAAAGCAUACCGGUCAAAAACCGUUCAAGUGCCACCUUUGCCAGCGUUCCUUCUCAAGGAGCGAUCACUUGUCUCUCCAUAUGAAGAGGCACUGAUCGUCGUCGUCGCGGCCGCGAUACGUCGAAAGCCGAAGAAGAAUCCUACAGCUACGACGUUCGAGUACAUUCGGGACCUGAUGAGCCCCUCCCCGAGGAGAGACUAAACGAUAUGCCUGCCAGGUGAGGAAGGGUCGAGGAGGGGAGCACUAGAAAAACAAAAUAAAUAAAAAGAUUAAAUAAAAACGUUCACUAGAUUUAGAAGUCUUAGGAUGAAGGAGGGAAACGAUUUAGUUGAGUGGUUUUAGUUUCUCGUAUGAACAAAUCCACUAUAAUAUACAUAUAAUAAACCUAGUAUACAUACAUAUAGCCAAGUAGCGCCGUACUUUAAAAUCCAACGUUGUAUGUUAUUCAAAUUUGUAUGGUAUUUUUCAUAUGCGUAUAUCAGUUCGCGCAAAGCUCGGGUAUAAAGAGUUAAAGACACGCGACCGCGGAUUGGCUGCAGUUUGUUAUAGGUACAGAUAUUUCGUGCGAAAACUGUUCAAACCAAGAAUUUCAAUAACACGGCAAUACUUCAAUCGAAAAAUUAGUAUUUCAAAACAAAACAAAAAGACAGUGAAAAUGGUGAAAGAAAAAAAAAAAAAAAAAAAGAAAAAGAAAAAAAUACCGCUGCGGGUUCAGCAUGACAAACGUCAUACGAUUGUAAAGAAUUCUCCAUUUUUAGCCUAAUUUUUUAAUAAUUUGUUCCAAUUCCAAUUAAUUUAAUACGAUUAAAUAAGGCCAGCUCAACUAGUCUAGAGCGUCAUAGUAAUGAUCCACUGACAAGGGAAAAGGAAAAAAAGUUGAAGAAUAUUGAAUGAAAAAAAAUAAAGCCAGUAAUAAUACAGUACUUUAGGAUAAAUAAUAACGAUUAUGAAUAAAUAAUUAAAGUAUGUUAUUAAAUAAAUAAAGUAAAACUCCGAUGACGGAGCUUGGGACUUAGCAUGCUCAGUUAAAUGAAAUAUACAAUCGUGAUGAAUCUAAUAAGCAAUGUGAAAAGAAAAUCAAGUAAAUUAAAAUAAAUAAUUAGGGUGAAAUUUAGAAACUAUUCAAAAUGCACAAAGAAUUUUGCGUUUAGGAAUGGACAAUCGAUGAAUCUGUAAACUCUAAGAGCCAGUAUUAGACGUCUGUAUGCGUAAAUCACUGCAAUGGAUCAGUCAAAACCUUCCUCGAAUCUUUGCGAAACUAACUUUAUAUUACGUCAUCUGUACCGUAUCGCGCCCCAACACAAUAAUAAUAAUAUAUGGUAUUACAUACCAUAUUCGACUGUUUUUUCGCGAUCGAUUGACAGAUUCGAUCUAAAUAUACAGAAUAUAUAUAAAAAUUGUACUAUAUUCAAGCAAGAGACGUUCUAAAUUAAAAGUGUAAAAUUAAAUUUAAAAAAUCUAUACUAUUAUAAUAGAAUGCCAGUUAACGGACAGUAUAUCGUGACUACCUAUAACUAUGUUAUGCUACAAUCUAGCAAAUACGAUAUGUACCUACAUACUUAUUUAAUCUCAGCUCAAAAUUUUCAUGCAUUUCUAUUGAUGAUGCUGGAAGGUGCUUACAUGGAAAUCUCGGUAUGAAUCGCAAGGACGCGCGAAUUUCAAACUCAAAAACGCUUUCGCCAGACGUUUUCAUACUUCGCGAAUAUCAUUUGUCUUAAGUUUUGUACCUAGUAUUGUGCACUUUAGACAGCCGUAAAAACUUUAUAGUUAAAUAAAAAUAAAUAAGUAAAUAAAUCUAGUAUUCGUUUAGUUUGUAAAUUAAUUUUUGCCUUCGCCGCACCGUCGUUUGCAAACCUGCCACAAACGUGUCAGGGCUGGGGUGAGGGGGAGUAGAUAGAGAAAAACGAGUGCGGUGCGAAAGGCGACACGGACGAGUUCAGUAUUGUCCGUGUAACAGACACACCUACGCUCUGUAAAUCGGCUGUAUAGUGCAUUCAUUAUCAAUUAGCUAAUAUUUUAAUUUUCUUAACGACGAAUAACGAUAAUUAAUAAAUAUACUAAAGAUAGAGAAACUUUGAAACAAUGGAACAAGAUGCCAGUAUAUACUAGAGCCAGUUAUCCUAAAACCUCUACGUAUAAGAUUACAUAUACUAUAGAGAAGAAAAACAAAAUGUGAAAAAAAAAUAACAAUAAUAAUAAUAAUCAAUUAACUUUAUCGCAUACGCUACUUUAUCAUAUAGGAAAUAGUGCCUUCAAUAA